UCGCCUUCCCCUCCCUCGACACGCCAAACGCGAACUCCCGUGCCGUGACCUCCCGAUCUCAGGCGAUGGCCGCGCGGCGCCUCGGAUCCCCCGCCUCUAGGUGGCUGCGCCCGUCCGCGCUGCUCCUCCUGGUCGCUUCCGCUCUCCUCUCGGCCCCGUCGCCGGCCCGCGCGCUGCGGUUCGACCUCGAGUCCGGCCACACCAAGUGCAUCUCCGACGAGAUCAAGGUUAACGCCAUGGCCGUCGGCAAGUACCACAUCGUCAGCCCCGACCCCAACUUCCCCGAUGCCCAGCUCCCCGAAUCGCACCGCAUCUCCCUCAGGGUGACGUCGCCGUACGGGAACAGCAUGCACUACGCGGAGAACGUGCAGUCGGGCCACUUCGCCUUCACGGCGGCGGAGGCCGGCGACUACCUGGCCUGCUUCUGGGCGCCCGACCAUAAGCCACCGGUCACCAUCGGGUUCGAGUUCGACUGGAGGAGCGGCGUCUCCGCCAAGGACUAUCCCAGCGUCGCCAAGAAGGGCAAGGUCGAUAUGAUGGAAUUGGAGCUGAAGAAGCUAGAGGAAACUAUAAAAAAUAUACAUGAAGAGAUGUUUUAUCUGCGUGAAAGGGAAGAGGAAAUGCAGGACCUGAACAGGCGAACAAACUCAAGGAUGGCUUGGUUAGGGUUCCUCUCCCUUGGCGUCUGCUUAUCGGUGGCAGGUUUGCAGCUGUGGCACCUGAAGACCUUCUUUGAGAGGAAGAAGUUGCUGUAGUUGCCCCACGGUAUAUUUUUGGGUGAACUGUCAGAUGUGUUACAGAGCUUGGAAUCCCAUGUAGCAAACGCUAUGCCAGAUACUAGAGAAAUAUGCUUCACAAUGCUUGGAAUCCCAUGUAGCAAACGCUAUGCCAGAUACUAGAGAAAUAUACUUCACUAUGCUUGGAAUCCCAUGUAGCAAACGCUAUGCCAGAUACUAGAGAAAUAUGCUUCACUAUGCUUUAGCCUGUCCAGUGAACCUCUAAGGAACUUCAAAGAGAAACUAAAUUGUCUUCAUUUUAGCUCGUGUUGUAAUUUGGACAUCUGGAUUCUGGAGCAGUGUUGACUCUUCUUUAUC